UCAUCCACUAGUUCCGGCUUCGCAGCGCGAGCGCGGCACCACCCGUUCUGGCCGCACUACUUCACCCGGAAGCGAGCUGGGGACAGUUGGCAUCUGGCGCGCCGUCUUUGUUCGGCAGCGAAAGCUAAGGCUUCUGUUGCCUUUAUGGCCGACUCGGAUCCCCGCUACCCUCGCUUCUCCAUCGAGGAUGACUUCAACUACGGCAGCUGCGUGGCCUCGUCAAGUGUGCACAUCCGAAUGGCCUUUCUAAGAAAAGUCUACAGCAUCCUUUCUUUUCAAGUUCUCUUAACUACAGUGACAUCUGCAUUUUUUUUAUACUUUGAGUCUAUACGGACAUUUGUACAUGGAAGUCCUGCCUUACUUUUGGUGUUUGCAGUUGGAUCUUUGGGUUUCAUUCCAGCAUUGACUUUAAAUAGACAUAAGCAUCCCCUUAACCUGUACCUGCUUUUUGGAUUUACACUGUUGGAAGCUCUGAGUGUGGCCACUCUUGUUACUUUCUAUGAUGUAUAUAUCAUUCUACAAGCUUUUAUACUGACUACUGCAGUAAUUCUUGGUUUGACUGUAUAUACUCUGCAAUCUAAAAGAGAUUUCAGCAAAUUUGGAGCAGGACUGUUUGCUGUUUUGUGGAUUUUGUGCUUGUCAGGAAUCUUGAAGUUAUUUUUUUAUAAUGAGACAGUGGAAUUGGUCCUGGCUGCUGUAGGAGCCCUUCUUUUCUGUGGAUUCAUUGUCUAUGACAUGCACUCACUGAUGCAUCAGCUGUCACCUGAAGAGUAUGUAUUAGCUGCCAUCAACCUCUACUUGGAUAUCAUCAAUCUAUUCCUGCACUUGUUACGGUUUUUGGAAGCAGUUAAUAAAAAGUGAUUAAAAGGAGUA